CCGGGAGGCGGGAGGGUGACCCCGCUGCCCGGGGAGCCGCGCCCUGCGCCCGCCCCCGCUUCCCCCGGGAACGGGCCGGGCGCUCCUCCGGUAGGGACGGGACAGCGCUACCGCCCCGGGGCGGGGGCGGCUCCCGGCCGGCGGGGGCGGGCGGGCCGGGCCCGACGGGGACGGCGCCCGCGGGGUGGGCGCGGUGGGGCGGCCGCGCCCUCCCGCCUCCCCAUUGUCUGGCGGAGGCGCUGCCCUCGCGGCCGGGGGUCAUCGCCCGUCGGGGGCGUCGGGCUGCCGGAGGCAGAGCCGUGGCAUCCCUUGGAAGCGGACUGUGCGUGCCCCCGACCCGCCCCGCAGCGGGGUCAAACCCCUUCGAGGACGAGCUCCUCUCCCCUUUCUUCCUUCCUCCACCCCGCGCCGGGAGCCUGCACGGGGCUUUGCUCGCCUCAGGGCGGAGGAAAAUCCGUCUGACUCGUCAGUCAGAAAGGAGAAUCAAGAAGUUCAAUCCCGGUGCGCCCGGAGGAGCCGGCGAGUUCCUGCCCGCUGUCACCGCUGGCGUUCAGGAGGACGGACGGACUGACAGACUGACGGCAGGCAGCGAGCCAUGAAGUUCUGGCUCCAGAGUUGUCUUGCAUCCCGUGGCGUUGCGGUGCGGGGGCGAGCAUGAAGGAGCAGUACAGUGUAUGUGCAGGCAAAGUUGGGGAAGAUGUCUGGUUUACUCCUCUGGGGGUGCCUGGGUUUUGGGGUGCGUUCUGAUGCUCAGCUCUCCCUUAUACCAGGAUGUGCAGCACUGGAAACCAACAGCAACUUCAAUAAACCACGUAAUGGAGGCAGUUCUGGAUCUCUGAAAGGGCUCAGAGUAUCUACAGUAGUGAAUGUUAUCUGGUGGUGGAUGUGGACUUUAAAACAGUGUGUCUCAACAUCUCAUCCUCAACUAUUUUUAAUCUGAUUGCACUACGAAAGAAAAGCUGCUAAUGGGAUAAAUGUUGAGACUUUCCAAGAACUGACUUGAAGUACCGAAAGCCAUUAUCAUUAUUAUUAUUAUUUUAUUAUUACUAUUAAUAAUCAAGAAGAGCUUGAAGCUAAGUCUAUAUCUGACCAGUCGUUACCAUUUUGACAGUAACAGUCAUGGCAAGUAAACGAAAGUCAACAACACCCUGCAUGGUCUUAGCCAAUGAGCAGGAUCCAGAUCUAGAAAUGGUGUCAGACUUGGAGGAAGGACCACCUGUGCUCACACCAGCAGAUAACCCUACAGCAGAGGGUGUAACAAGUGAUGAGGAUGUUCAUGAGUAUGUGGAUUCAGACAAUAAGAAAAACACAAAUAAAGUAGAAGGUGGUUAUGAGUGUAAAUACUGUACUUUUCAGACUCCAGAUCUCAAUAUGUUUACCUUUCAUGUGGAUUCAGAACACCCCAACGUAGUAUUAAAUUCAUCCUACGUUUGUUUAGAAUGUAAUUUCCUUACCAAAAGAUAUGAUGCCCUCUCAGAACAUAAUUUGAAGCACCACCCUGGAGAGGAGAAUUUUAAAUUGACUAUGGUGAAACGUAAUAACCAGACAAUCUUUGAACAGACAGUAAAUGAUCUCACUUUUGAUGGGAGUUUUGUUAGAGAAGAAAAUGCUGGACAGGCUGACUCUUCUGAGGUCCCCUCGUCAGGGAUCUCCAUUAGCAAAACUCCUAUCAUGAAAAUGAUGAAAAGCAAACCCGAGGCUAAACGUAUUGCUGUUUUCCACAAUGUAGUUGAUGACAUUCCUGGUGAAGAAAAGGGAACUGAAAAUGAGCCAAACUCUGAAGAAGUAGUAGAAAACCCCCCACCGUCAGUUUCUGAAUCAAAACCAAGCCAUUCAGUUGUGUGCAGUGCAGCAGAUGUGGCAGUAGUGACCCCGGCACCAGUGCUUCAGCCUGGGGUGGCACAGGUUAUAACAGCUGUUACAGCUCCACAGAACUCAAACCUGAUUCCAAAAGUCCUAAUACCUGUAAAUAGCAUUCCAGCCUAUAACAGUGCUUUGGAUAACAACCCUCUUUUGCUUAACACCUACAACAAAUUCCCGUAUCCAACCAUGUCAGAAAUCACUGUUCUUUCCUCUCAAGCGAAGUACACGGAAGAGCAGAUUAAAAUAUGGUUUUCUGCUCAGCGUCUGAAACACGGAGUGAGUUGGACGCCAGAGGAGGUGGAGGAAGCAAGGAGGAAACAAUUUAAUGGCACAGUGCAUACAGUGCCACAGACCAUUACCGUUAUUCCAGCACACAUUUCGGCCGCUAGCAAUGGUUUACCUUCAAUUUUACAGACAUGCCAAAUAGUUGGUCAGCCAGGACUUGUUCUCACUCAAGUUGCAGGUACAAAUACGUUACCAGUAACAGCCCCAAUAGCUUUGACUGUAGCAGGAGUCCCAAACCAAACACAGUUACAGAAGAGUCAGAUUCACAGUGCUCAGCCUAUUGCAGAAACCAAACAAGUAGCUGCCAUUCCAACCCCUCAGCCUAUCAAAAAUGAAUCCACGCUGAUAAAUCCUGACUCUUUUGGCAUCCGAGCAAAAAAAACUAAGGAACAACUGGCAGAAUUGAAAGUCAGCUACCUUAAAAACCAGUUUCCUCAAGACUCAGAAAUUGUUAGACUUAUGAAAAUAACAGGCCUCACUAAAGGAGAGAUCAAAAAGUGGUUCAGUGAUACACGCUACAAUCAGAGAAACUCAAAGAAUAAUCAUGGGAUUCAUCUUAACAGUGAUUCAUGUGCCACCAUUGUUAUUGAUUCAAGUGAUGAAAUGAAUGAAUCUCCAACAGGAGUCACUCCGCAGAGCAAACCAUCUUGGGGUACUUUUCCUGAUUUCACCCCACAGAAAUUCAAAGAGAAGACUUCUGAACAGCUGCAAGUCCUCCAAGCAAGUUUUCUUAAUAACCCUGUCCUUACUGAAGAAGAGAUGAAUAGAUUAAGAGCCCAAACAAAACUGACCAGGAGAGAGAUUGAUGCCUGGUUUACAGAAAAAAGGAAAUCAAAUGUCUUGAAGGAAGAGGGAGCUGACAUAAAUGAAAGCAAUGCUGGCAGUUCAAAAGAGGAGUCUGGAGAAACAUCUGUGGGAGAUGGAGCAACAGGAACAAAAUCAGGGUGUUCUACUUCAAGCAAAAUAGGCAAAAAAUCACCAGAGCAGUUGCACAUGCUCAAAAGUUCCUUUGUCCGUACUCAGUGGCCAUCUCCACAAGAAUACAACAAGCUGGCAGAAGAAACUGGGCUUCCAAGAUCAGAAAUUGUGAGCUGGUUUGGAGAUACUCGCUAUGCCUGGAAAAACGGUGGAUUGAAAUGGUAUUACUAUUACCAGAGUGCCAGUGCAAACAGUCUGAAUGGCCAAGGCUUUGCAAGGAAGAGAGGGAGAGGAAGACCAAAAGGGAGGGGGAGAGGGAGGCCUCGGGGGAGGCCUCGGGGAAGCAAGAGGUUAAAUUGCUGGGACAGAGGUGUAUCUGUCAUAAAAUUUAAAACUGGAACAGCAAUCCUGAAGGACUAUUAUAUGAAGCACAAAUUCCUUAAUGAGCAAGACCUUGAUGAACUGGUAGCCAAAUCUCACAUGGGAUAUGAGCAGGUCAGAGAAUGGUUUGCAGAAAGGCAGAGAAGAUUAGAACUUGGAAUAGAGCUGUUUGAUGAGAAUGAGGAGGAAGAUGAAAUGCUGGAUGAUCAGGAGGAUGAGGAAGAAACAGAUGAUAGUGAUACUUGGGAACCCCCCAGACAUGUUAAACGUAAACUUUCAAAAACAGACUGAUGUACAAUUUGGAAUUUGGGGGCCAAAAACCUAUGAAUUAGGUUUGAUGUUCUGGUGAAGAGCCAAAUGAUUUUUCAUGGCCUUCAGUUUAGCAAGCAGCUGCUCAGCAUCUUCCUUCCACCUAAGAGUACAUGGGCAAGAUGCUACCUGUGCAGGCAAGAACUGUUUGCUUUGUUGCUACAAGAGAUGAACAUCCUCAGGCCUGGCCUGGGAGCCGAGGUUACAAACCAGAUCAAGUUCAGCUCCUCCUUUUCCACACUACCAAUGGGAAGGUUCAUGUUCAUCAUACACGUGACUGCUUCUCAAUAUUUAAUUGCCUUAUGUUGUUUAAUUCCAAAAAAAAAACACAGACACUUUUAUUUUUGUUGUUGUUGCUGUAAGAGAACAUUGCCUGCUUGUGAAGGCAAAACAAAAACAUUAGAUGUCUUUUUGCAAACAUCGCUUCAUCUGAAAGGUUUCAAGGCCUGGGUUUAUUUCUUAAGGAAAGUGUGAAAACAAAAGAGAAGGGGAAAAGUGUGACAAAAGGAACCAAUGAACCUAGGGGUGAGGAUUGAUUGGUUUCAAAACAUCAAGGUGAUAUCUGCACCUUUUGCAUAUCUUUGGAGUGUUUUGGGUUUACAGAACUUGGACUGAAGUGUUCCUUGUUGAUAAUUAUGAGCUAACUGAAUGAGUCUGAUGCUAGAAGAUGCUUUUUGUUACAGUCAGUGUAAUCAGUGUAUCCCGCAUCAAUCUAAUUUAAAUGCCUGACAGACUUGAUGCAGUUAAUAGUAACACUCACUUCUACCUUGUGCAUUCUUUCCUUUGUUGGAAGUGGUAAAAGAAGUAUCUAUAUUUAAAAAAAAAAAAAGUGUAAUUUCUUGAAAUCUGACACUGAGUUUUAAGGUUAACAAAAGACAAAAACUGCCUAAAAGUUGUUCAGAGUUGCCUAGGAGUUUGUAAGAGUACACAGAUACAGAGAUGAAAAACAUCUUUUGGUACUAGUAAGAAAGGUUUUCAAGUAAGUUGUGGCAAUUACAUUGUGUUUAAUUCACAAACAUAAUGAAGUUAUAUGGCUUUUAGAUGCCUAGUAAUUACAAACACGUUAGUGUUGAAUUGUUCUUCAGUGAUAGCUCAGUUGAGUGAUGUGUGUGCAGGUUUAACUGUAAAACAUCCUAAUUAAACUCACCACUGUGCUGAUUGCUCACAGGACUGCUGGGUGAACACACCUAUUUCUGGAGGUGGUUGGAUCUACCUGAACUGAACUCCAGAAGUAGUUUAAUCUGAUAGAAAACAUUCCCAUCUUAAAUAAGUGUGUAUAAAAUCAAG